CAGUCUUCUAAAGCUCUUCGGUAAAGACGGUGUAAAAUUGUUAUUAUUAGAGAAGGUUAUUAAAAAAUAAAAUUGAAAUUUAAUAAAAUAAAAAUAUUUAAUUUUGAAAAAAGUUUUAAUUAAAUUGUGCAAUUAAAUUGGAUAUCAUAUUGCACUGAAGUUUUUUGCUCUUGGAACCAGUACAACAAUAUUCUUUAAUUUUGAUCUAACCUUACAUUUUAAAUGGAAAUCAAUGAAAUAUACCACAUUUUACGGAUAAAUAAAAUUUUAUAAAAUUAUUUAUGCAUACUUUUAUAUAAUUUAAUUAAAAAAAUUCAGAAAAAAAUCUAGAAAAAAAAACAAUUUCAAAAUGAGUGUUUACGGUGAUUCAACAUCAAUUAGAAAUGGCCGAACAUCUAGUGAAAUAUCAAUUUAUGAUUAUCCAGAACAUUUAAAUCCAUUCUAUGAGGAUGAAAAUCAUAAAAGAAUAAGAUUUUGGAAAAUUGGUAAAAAUAAAAAAUCAAAUUCAAAUUCAAAUGUUCCAAGUAGAAGGAAUAGUUUUUCAUUUGGUGGACUCAAAGAUAUGUGGGCAUUUAAAUCAUUUCGACCAAAGAAAUCAUCAACAUUAGGUAUUAAUAAAACAUCUGAAAGUCCACCAAGAUUACAAACAGUUGAUAUACGUGAUACAAAUUAUGGUACAUUAGAUAAUAGAUCAUCACGUUAUUCAACUGGUUUACAUAAUGGUAAUAAUCAACAAUUUCAACGUAAUGUACCAUAUAGGAGUUCAUUACAAGAUAUGAGAUAUAGUGGUAAUAGUGUUGUUGGUGGCUAUAAUAAUAAUGAUGUUAAUUUAAGAAAUAAUAAUGGUUUUGGACGUAAUGAAAUGUAUCGUGCAACAAUACAAACACCAAGCCGUAUGAAUCGUACAAAUAAUAUGAUGAUGAGAAAUUCAACAAAUCAAAGAUAUCAAGUAACAUCAUCACCAAAAUUACAAUCAUCAGAUAGAAGGUAUGUUUAUGGUGGUUCAGUAACACCUCAACCAAUACGUAGUAAAUAUAAUGAUAAAAAUAAUGAUGGCACAAUAUUAAAAAUAUAUGAAAGAGAAUCGGGGUCAUCUCAGUUAAGUGUCGCUUCAAGUACAAAUCCAUUUGAAGAUGAUGAUGAUGAUAUUGAUGAUAAUGAUAAAGAAAAUUUAAAUACAACAUGGCAUGGUGAUUUAAAUAAAGAAAAAUCGGAUAAAAUUCGUCCGGCAACUAGUGCAAAUUCUUUAACACGUCCUUAUAGAAAGAAACGAAGAGCUCCACCACCUCCUGUACCAAUUCCAAAUGUUAUUGAAGAAGAACCAAAUAAAAAAGAUGGAAAUGAAAUUUCGCCCACCCAUACUAAUAAAAAUGGCAUAGAGAGCACAAAUCAAGAAACUAGUCAAGAGCAUGUUAUAACCAAUGAAGAAAAAGAAAUAUCUAAUUUAACAGCUGAAAUUGAAUCAUUUGUUAAUCAAACCGUAAAAGAAGAUAGUCCUGAACAAAAUAUUCCACCAGUUCCACCAGAACGAAAAUAUUUCCGUGAAGAUAUUUCUAUUAAAACUCAAAAGAAUAAAAAUGAAAGUCCACCUCCAACACCAAAAAUUGUGAUUACAGAAGAAAAACAAGAAAUUAAAACAACAAAAAAACCAUCAGUUACAAUAAUAAGUGAACCAACUCAAGUAAUUGAACACACAGAAGUAAUAAUAUUAGAAGAUGAAAAAGAUGCAAUUUCAAAUGAACCCCAAAAAGUUAUAGUCCAAACAACAAUUGUUGAAAAAGGUGGAUCACGUACUAUAACAGUAUCAAAUACAAAUUCUAGUAAUGAAAAAAUUCUAAAUACUGAUACAAAACCAAUUCCUAGUGCUAGAAAAAUUAAUGAAGUUCAUAAUGAAGCAAUAAUAAAUAACGAUAUUAAUAUAACAAAUAAUAUUAUAACACCUCCAACUAGUCCAAAGAAAGAAAAACCUCCAAUAAGUCCUAAACCAAAUUUAACAGAUAUUCAAAAUAAAAAUAAUGAAUUGGAACAAGAGCAACAAAUGGGUGAUAAUGAAAAUAUUAAUAAAUUAAAUUCAACUAAUUCAAUUGAUAAACAAAAAUUAAGUGAAUCAGAAACAGCUAAUAAUAAUCUAACAAGUGAAAUUUGUAAAUAUAAUCAUAUUCCAAUUAAUCAAUGUGAAUUAAAAAUUACUGAAUCAAGUGAAGAUAUUUCAGCUGAAAUUGCAAAUGAAAUUGUAACAUUACCAUAUGUUCCUUUAAAAUCAGAAUCACCAAUUAAUAAUGAAUCUGUAAUAACAACAAUAAAGAAUGGUAAUAAAUCAGCAUCACAAAAUGAUAUAAAUGAGAAUGUUGAAUUAAGGGAAACAAAAUUAGAUAAUAAUCUAAUUAAUAAUAUAAGACCACGUUCUCAUUUUACAGAUGAAGAACCAGAACAUCGUCGACCAGUUAAAUAUGAACGUAAAAAAUCAGUUCGUGAAAUUAUUGAAUCAAUAAAUAAAAAUCAAAGUUUAUUAAAAGUCAAUAAUAUGAAAUCAUCAACGAAUGGAGCAAAUGGAAGAGAAUCAAAUAAGGAUUUCGAAAUAAAAGCAAAUAAUUUGGGUGAAUCUGAAUUAAAAGAUUUAGAUGAAAGUCAAAGAGAUUUUAAAAAAUUAUUAUAUGAACUUGAAAAUUAUGAAUGUAAUAAUAAUAAAAAUCAAAAAAAUUUAUCAGAAAUAAAUAAUAAUAACAAUCAUGUUGGUGAAAUUGAUUUAAUUUUUAAUAAAAUUGAUCAAUUAAAUGAUAAUGAAAAUAUUUUUAAAAAAUGUUCAGCAACUCAUCAUAUUAAUGGUAAUUCAAUAAUUACUACAACUACAACAACUGUAACUACAUCAUCAAAAUCAAGUAGAGAAGCAUCACCAACAGCAUCAAAUUUAGAUUGGAAUCCAGUGCCAAAACCGAAACGAACAAAAAAACUUAAUAACGAUUUAAUAAUGACGACGAGUUCAUCACCCGACAGUUGUAAUGAAAGAUUAAUAGAAUAAGAAAUUAAUAAAAAAAAAAAAUUUAUAAUAUUUAAGAUAUUUAAAUAUUUUGUUUUUUUU